UACCAAAUUCUCUCUUAAACAACAUUGUCCAUUGGUAAAUUAGGAAUAGAGUGAGUUAUGGGGCUGUGAGAGAGUGACUGUGUUAUUGAAUCCUCCGUAUCUAAUCUAUCAACUUGCUACUACUUAAACAACAUUGGCAUUUGCAUUUUGUCAAAAAAAAACAUAAACACUCAAAGCUACUGCUUCUCUUUUUCUCACUCUCCUUCCAAAAAAAAAAAAACACCACCAAGAAAGAGAAGAAAUAAGGUAUGCCCAGAGUACUUUUUCAAGAAUUUAGAAAAAAAAAGAAUUUAGGUAAUAAGAUGGUGAAAGAAACAUGGGAGAAAGACCUCUUGUAUUAGAUUCUGUUGUGAAGGAGUGAAAAACAAAAUCAUUAAGCUUUGAUAGGGUCACUUAGUAGUUAAGCUCACCAUGUCAAGACAAGCUCAUCUUCCGCCUCGCUGCCCGUUUCAGAAGAAACCAUUAACUAGUCCAGUUCAAGACCAUUUUACCACAACACUACACCAACAUAACCCGUUACCUCCUCGACAUCAUAAAUCCAUUUCGCAGAGUUCCAUCUUAGAGGAGCAGCCUGCAUGGCUUGAUGAGCUGCUGAAUGAAUCGGACUCAAAUUCCGGUGGCAUGAUGCAUAGGAGAUCAGCUAGUGAUUCUUUGACACUUUUGGAUGGUCUUGUUUCAUUUGAAGGUUUUGAUAAAUUUGACGAAACUGAAUCAAACGCAUCUUGUGAAUCGGAUAGUAGCUCAAAGACUAAUUGUAUCUAUGGUCCUAAUUCGCCGCGUGGAAAGAGCAAUAUAACCUUUGCUGAGAAUGCUAUAGUUUCAGCGUUGUCGGAAUAUGUGUCCCCAAACCCUUUACAGUAUUUAGAUAGGUGUAUUUCUGUGUCUGGAGCUACACAAUCGGAGUUAGCAAGCAAUGUGUCUGGUGCAGCUAAUGAUGUUAAUGCUGAGGCAAAGGCAAUGAAACGGCAUCCUGGACAACGGUCAAGGGUUCGUAAACUCCAAUAUAUCGCUGAACUAGAGAGAACUGUCAACACAUAUGAGGCUCUAGAGUCAGAGUUAGCUGCCAAGGUUGCUUCUCUGCUUCAGCAGCGUGUUGCUUUAUCAAUGGAGAAUAGAGAGCUAAAGCAACAGAUGCUCAGACUUCAGCAGGAAAAAGUCAUUGUUGAUGCCCAGUACAGGUCCCUGAGAAAAGAAUUGGAAAGAUUGAGAUACUUAGCACAUUCUCCCAACAGUAAGAUGAACACCAAAUUCAGGCUAAGUUCUGCUGCUGAGAUCGGUUCGGAAACUGCUUGGCAGAUGCUGGACUUUGGAAAACUGUAUCUCAACUAAAGGAAGUUGAUCUCUUUUGGCAUAUUUUUCUUCAUUACAACAUCCUCCCAAAAUGCUUAUGAUGGAACUCCUUUAGACUUAAGCCUGUAAAUCCUCUUUAGGAUGUAGUAUGUUCCAAAUGGGAAUGACACUUUUAGGGAUUAGGACGAUAACUGUGAAUGUACUGCCUAAUUGACUUCUUUUUUAAUCCACUCUAUGUGCCCCACAUCCCUAUCUAUAAAUAUGAAAAAAGAAAAAGAAAAUCUCUAAGUGGAUCUUAAAUUUGUCAGUACCACACCCGUGUUUUUAAGGUGCAAAUUAUGAGUACAUCAGAAUUGUCAGUACUGAAAUAGGAAAGAACAAUUUGUGUCCUGAUUUUUGUAUUGAAUGCAAGACAUCUGUGCAAGUAU